AUGUCACGGCUUUAUUCAUUCAAAUUGCAUCUUAGUACUGAAAAUAACAAUGAUUUUAUUUAUUAUAUGUUAAAUAAUAAUGGCAAACAAAAUUACAUGAAUUGUGGAUAUGAAGACGUACUUAGUAUUAUUUCUACUCUUGAGCCAGUUACAUACCAUAUAUUUAUGGCACCGUUUGAAUUUGCUGAACUUCAUUUUAUUGAGAAUAUAUUUCCAAAUAUCGUAUUUAAUUAUGUUAUUAAAUUACUCGUAUGUGAUCGAGUUUCAUUUGAGCAUGAAUUCUUUCAAAGAAUAUCCAAAGCUUUUCCAUUACUGCAAAUUUUUUAUGUUACUAAUUUUAUGCUUCAGUUGCAUAAUACUGAGAGAUCAUCUAAUAAUACUCAGUCGCAUGAAAUCGUUGAAUUUCGUCAUCUGACUUCACUCAACAUUAGUAGAACCGAUAUUACCUAUACUGAACAAUUUCUAAAUGAAACCAAAAUGCAUCUGCCUACUCUUUCUGAAUUAACUGUUAAGUAUGAAGAUUGA